CGGGCUACACAGGGUGUCAUAAUGCCAGCCGCUUCUACCACAUUAUCAACCACUGGAUCCCAACAACCUACAACUAAAACAAUGAACAAUAGUUCUUCUCAUUCUUCUAAAAAAAAAACGAAAUGGUCUUUCAAAUCGGCAAUAUCAAAAAAACCGGUGGAUGCCGCUUCAAAAGCCAAUGAUAUAUCUAAUAACAACCAUCGUUUGAACAAUGACAAGACAACGCGUCAUUUCCAUGAUUCUAAACUAGACCUUUCUAGACCUAGUAAAGUUGUUUGUUCUCGGUUCAAUUCUAGUUCUAGUAAAUUAUCUUGUAACUCCUGUGCAACUGAUAACACCGAUACCGAUAAUACUCCUUCGUCACCUACAAACUCUCUCCGCUUCAUGAAUGAUGAUGAUAUAGAAAUGAUACUUGAUGACGAUAGACAAGAAACUCUUCAAUCGUCACAACAUCAUGCAAUAAAGUCUACAAUUUUUGCCAAUAAGUCAAUAUUAUCAACUGACACAAAACCUAGAUCUCCUAAUUCUUCAAUCACUUGGGUGGAAGACUUAACUGAUCAAAGCUUUUCAUCCAUUUCAACUGCGCUUUCUCAGCUCUCAAAUAUUACGACUAAUAAUGUCAUUGAUUUAACCUCCUCUUCAUCUCAGUUAAAUGACACGGAUCGGUGUGAUACUUCACAGUCAACACAACCCUGUACUCGUAAAUUAUCAGGAUUUAAAAAUUUCCAUAACAAAAUGGGCAAGAAAAAAACCAUUGAGAAGAGUCAAGAUAACGUUUCCACCAACAAAUUCAUGGUUCGAACUCUUAGUCUUUUAAAAAAAUUUGAAAAUGAUGAAAGAGAUUCUUUAAAAAAUCGACUACGUUCCCGAUCAAGAUCAUUUAAUGACUUGUUAAAUAAAGAAAAUGAUCAAGUUAUUGAUGAAUCUGUUAAGGAUUUGUCAUCAAAGAAUUCUUCUAAACGUAAAAAAUGUGAAUCAACGGAAUUUAGACCUAUAUCAUUACCUGAUCCUUCAGUACUCAAUCAUGCUUCUUCUUUGGUGUCGGGUACAAAUGAUACC